AUGUCGAAAUUCCAAACUCUCUUCUUAGUUAUUUUCGCUUUGUUCUUUGCUCUCGCUUUGAUUUCUCCAAUUCUAGGCGAUCCUGUUAGCUCUAAGCCACCUACUCCUGGAGGUCCAAUUCAAGUGACAACACCAAGCGCGGGGACUUAUAAGUUUAGAUCAUAUCAAAGUGUUAGCUGGAAUGCUAACGUUGAUAUUCCCAAUAAAUGGAACCGAACAGUCGACGUAUGGAUUGCCAAAUAUCUUCCCGGCAGUGAACCAGAUAUUCUCACGUACAGAUGGGUCGACAAAAAAUCUUAUGGAAAUACCUAUGCUGGAUUCCAAGUCGAUUUCGGUCCAGGGGUUUUCUAUGCCUAUGUGGUUGUUAGCGAUGAUGAAAAUGUUUGGGGUACCGGACCUAAGUUCACAAUUGAGUUAUGA